AUGAGGGAAGCAAGCUCAAUGUUCUCAUCGCCCAUGCCCGUACAUUUACAAAUGGAAUCUAAGAGGCAAAAAAUAAGGGAAGACUUAUCUUUAGCUUCAGUGAAGUCGAUUUCGCAGCCACGGAUGAGUCCAAAGGAGAAGAGUCGGAAGGCACAAUCUAGGGCAGGGUCAACAACCUUUGGGGAGGCGGAUUCAAUAGCCAUGAUGACAGGGGUGGAGAACCAAUUUGGCAUCGGGAAUUCUGAUUCUCCUACUGCUCCUGCAUUAUACAUUUUUGCUGAGUUUAUUGGAUUGCCAUAUUCACCUCCAUACUUGAGUUUAAGAGGAUCACCAGAGUUGACAGGGCUGAAUUUUGCAUCAGCAUCCAGUGGCAUUCUUCCUGAGACUGGAAAAUCAACUGGUAAAUGCUUGAAUUUCGUUGAGCAAAUCGACUUGUUUAACCAUACGGUUGAACAGGAAUUGCCCAAGCACUACAAAACCUCGUCCGAAGUUUCAGAUUAUUUGUCAAAAUCAGUGUUUGUCAUUACUAUCGGCAGCAACGACUACCUCAACUAUAUUAAACCACAGUUAUUACCACCAAAAAGCCGUUAUGAUCCUCAAUCUUUUGCCAAACUUCUCAUAGACAACGUAUCCCAACAAUUUCAGAGACUGUACGAAAUAGGAGCAAGGAAAAUAAUAAUGUUUGAAAUUGGACCUAUUGGAUGCAUUCCAUCAGUUACAAGGAAGUUUAAGCCCAGUGGACGAUGCGUGGAGAAGAUUAACCAGCUCGCAAUAACCUUUAACGACCAGUUAGCCACCUUGCUUAAGAAUUUGACAUCAACAUUGCAAGACUCGGAAUUUACACUUGGUCGAGUUCAUAUGCUUAGCUAUGAUGCCGUCAUAAAUCCAUCUAAUUAUGGUUUAAAAGACUCGAGUAAUCCGUGCUGCAUUACAUGGGCUAAUGGGACUUCAGGCUGCAUUCCAUUACUGCCGGCAUGCCAUGAGCCGGACAAACACUACUUCUGGGAUGGCUUUCAUGUAACAGAAGCUGUAUAUAAGGUCGUUGGAACCCGCUGUAUCAACGGUACUUCUGUUUGCAUUCCUAAAAACAUUAAAGACCUCGUACAGAUUUGA